UUAUUCCUUUACUAUUGUUACUCCAGAUCAUCUUUCCGCACACAUUCUGAGUUUUGGACGAUAGAAAGAUAUCCAAAUAUCAAUAUAAGUCUGAGCAGCAUUAUAUAGCGCUCUCCCGUUCGUGUUGUUUUGUCUUAGAAAAACCGACCAAGUAUAUUUGAAAAAAACGUGAAACCGCAUAUAGAGUCUAUUGACAGGUUAUAUUUUUCAGUUGAUCUUAUCUUUUUUGGCACUUCCUCAUCAACACGUUCAGCUUUAAUAUAUGCGUUAUUGACUCGGAUAGUCUACCCCUGUUAUACACAUUCUAUUCCCCUAUUUGCUACAGAUGGUAAAAGAGGCAUCUGGUAUGACUACAGCAAAGAAGAACAUGUACGACGUUAUUCUGGAUCUCGAAGAUAUAGAGGCGGCAUCAGUCAUAGCUGAACUUGCGGAGGUCAAAGUCAUUUCACAGAAUUCAUGCAAAACAGCAACAAAAUACAGCGUCGAUCAAAAAUAUGACAACUUGGAUUCAUCUGCAUGGGACUACAAAGUUUCGCCCGCCAUGCAAGGCACAGAAAGUUUAGAGAAGCCUUCCGAGGAAUACAGGCAAAUUUGUAAAGACACGAUAGGUCUAAUAAGAAGGUGCAGGCAAGUUAAAGGAGACUUUGAUGACACUUUGCUAUCAAUAAGUCACUUCGAAAAAAAGUAUGCUGGAGCAUUCAAAAGAUGCAUAGACUUUUUAAAGGACCUGAAAUAUAUUGAGUGUAGGGACAAAAACUCUGCCAAAGUCAGUUUUCAUUUCAGAAAUUUGAUCAGCUUGGAGCUCUACCUUAUGCAAAAGUUUGGUGUUGAGCCCGCAGAACUUCCAGAAUUAGAUCCCAAUCGCUCUCCUGUUGUGUUGAAAAGUUCGCAACAACAAUUGAGCAACGAAUUUCCCCGCAACACCCAGAAUUUUGAAUAUCCGGUAUUUUUUCCUGGACCGUUGCCCAUUGUCACAGAAAACGUCACUUCUACAGAUGGAAGCAACGGCAUCGGUUCUUUCUAUAGAAAAAACGUGGAUGUCGGUGAUGUGGGCAUUGUCCCAUUUAUUGCCGUAGCGGGUGACUGCAGGACGAACGGCAACAUGUCUCUUCUGCCGCUUACAUCUCCGACCUACAUCGUCUACAAUACUAUGAAUUCAUGUGAAGCAAAUCAAAUGCCCUAUCAUUUGAAUUACGGCCAACGUCCUGGUGCACCUUACCUUACAAGCGAAUUUUUGUAUAUGCCAUGUUCCAAGUCGAAGGAAGAUUUUUCUGCAGAAGUGAAAAGCACAGGCGUCACAGGCAUUGAGUUAGCGCCGUCUGAAAAGUCCUCAGAAGACAGUGCGAAGGUACCAUCACUGAACUUGGUAAGAAAACAAGUUGAAUCGACUUCGAAAAGUGACAAGACAGGAGCAAAAAGCAGGAAUUCGUCCGGAAACAAACAAGUGCAACAGGAUUUUCUAGAUAAGACAAGUUCGAAAAAGAAGACCAAAACUGUUGAGGCAACGGAGUCUCAUACUGUCCAGAAGAAAAGACUUUAUGAAGAACAAAAAAGUACAUCGCAGCACGAUAUCAACGACCCUAUGUCCUUAGAUGAACCUUCCAUUUCGUCUUCCAGAACACCUAAUUCGACCCACCGGCCUGCCAAGAAGACACGGCUUACUGUAAGCGUAGAGGAGAGAGACAUUCUUGAGCAGUUUUACAACCAAAAUCAGUAUCCAUCACGACAUCGGUAUAAUGAAAUUCGAAAAAUUAUGGGUUGGAGUUCAAGUCGUCGCAUCACAAAGUGGUUUAAUAAUCGGCGGUACAACACAAAGCAAAAAAGGAAAUCAUAGCAUUCGGAUAGCGCCAGACGGGAAGGAUUCGUAUAUAGGUAUACUCGGACAUACGUACUUUGGGUUUGUAUCAUCAUGUAUUUUCACUAAAUAUAUAAAGCAUAGAAAAUAACUUUUUGCCGUUUUGUUCUGUUGCUCUUUGUCUGUGUUUUUCAUGUGGAUGUGUAUUUGUACACAUAUGCGCUUGUAUGUUGCUGAUGGUCGAAACUGAGUUCGACAUUUUAUCUUCUCCAAGAGCUGAGUCACUGCUUCAAAAUGUACUAAUCUUGGACUGCCACCAUAGUAGCCAAUUCACAUACAAUUCUGGUGCGAGUCUAUUGAGCUGGGCAUGUCCUUGCCAGUCUGGAGACUCAAAAAU